AUGGAUGGAGCUUACAAGAUGGAAGAUAAUACUUCAUUAGUGAGAGGGGCUCAGGACAUUGCCAAGGUAGUCAAGAAACAGACAGGGAGGAAAGGGAAUGCAGUUGUAGAGAAGGCUCAAGACGAAUAUACGGAAAGAUCUUACAAUAGAUUCCAAGGCAGAGAAGAUGAUGAAUACUAUACCCAAGAAGGAAAUUACGGUGGGGAGGCGAAUGAAGAUGAAGGAUCAAGUGACGCGACUGAAGGGCAUGACGAAGAUGAUGAGAUUUAUGAGGGGGAAUAUCAGGGAAUCCCAAAUGCGACUCAGAACAAGGAUGGAAUUGGAGCCUUAGGUCAGCCUGUACGAGACGACUACAAAGAUCGUCUUGAACUGGAAACGGAGAGAAAAGCUGAUGAAGAAGAAUUGGCACAGCAGUAUGAGCUCAUCAUUCAGGAAUGUGGGCAUGGACGUUUUCAGUGGGCCCUCUUCUUUGUUCUUGGGAUGGCGCUGAUGGCUGACGGGGUGGAAGUUUUUGUGGUUGGAUUUGUAUUGCCCAGUGCUGAGACAGACAUGU